AUGGCAGGCUUCGUGGAGCUGAGCACCAAGGCGAGGAUGCCCCUCCUGGGCCUGGGCACUUGGCAGGUCUGGUGCAAUUCCCAUGAAAAACCCCUUGUUAAGAAAUCGUGCCAGGAUUCUCUAGCAGAUUUGAAAGUGGACUACUUGGAUCUCUACCUCAUGCAUUUUCCUAUGGGAUUCAAGCCUGGAGAAGAUUUCUCACCUAAGGAUGAGGAAGGCAUGGUCAUCCCAGACAACACCAAUUUUCUAGACACUUGGGAGGCAAUGGAGGAGCUGGUCGACUGUGGGCUAGUGAAAGCCAUUGGCAUCUCCAACUUCAACCACGACCAGAUCGAGAGGCUCUUGAGCAAACCUGGCUUAAAAUACAAACCAGUGAAUAAUCAGAUAGAGUGCCACCCAUAUCUUACCCAGGAGAAACUGAUUCCCUAUUGCCAGUCCAAAGGGAUUGCCGUGACUGCUUUCCGUCCUUUCGGUGCUCAUACUCUCAAACCAGGAGACCCUAUCCUUUUGGAGGAUCCACAUAUUAAAGAAAUUGCUGCAAGACAUCAAAAAACUGUAGCUCAGGUACUGAUAAGAUUUCACAUCCAGAGAAACGUGGCUGUCAUUCCCAAGUCUGAAAAACCACAUCGCUUGGAGGAGAAUUUCAAGGUCUUUGACUUUGAAUUGACAAAAGAAGAGAUGGAAAUACUCUUCAGUCUAAAUAAAAACUGGAGAGACUGUGUGAUGGCUCACUGUGUCAAUCACAAAGACUACCCGUUCAAAGCCGACUACUAAUGCGGAUGCUCCACCAACAUCUCUGAAGUAGACUAUGGAACUCCUGUAUUGUGUCUUUGGUACCAAUUCCUAUUGGUAGAGAAUCAUACCUGGGAAAUAUGUAAUGAAAGAGGAUCUGCAGAGGAAGGUGAUCUGCUGAGGCACCAUAUCACUGAGGACCACUAAGGAUCAAUACUUAGUGAUCCUUUCUUCCUUGCAAAACCAUAGUGCCAUCAUGGUUGAAGUCUUUAUUGCAGACCAUAUUUCCAUACUACGAAUUCUCUUCGUGAUUAUCUUUGCGUUGUUAAUUUUACUAAAAAACUUUAGCUUUCUGUUCCAAAUUUAUAUAAUCCAUUUGAAGAUCUGAAAUGUAUGCACAAAAGCAGACAAUAUUCAGUAAUUUGUUAGUGUUGAUGUAUAUGUGCCCCACUACCCUGGAAGGAGGGCUGUAGUUUCUGACUGGUUUUGCAGCAAACGCAGAGAACAGACCCAUUCACAAUUUCAAUCUUCUCCUAAAUGGCUAUAAAAUGUUGCUAAAGCAUCAGAUUUUUUGUGUGUAAUGCUGAGUUCCUCCCUAGAUAGUUUCUGGUCCAGAUUUUUCCUGUAACAAUGCAACAGACUGCUGCCAAGCAAAUCUAGUAACCUAUAAAGUCUAGACUCCUGGCAUCAUA